AUGGAAUCUUGUAUCCAAGAACUUCAUUUCUCUAACCUCCAUAUCCCAGUAACCAUCAACCACAAGUUUCGUGUUCAUCCAUCAAGUCCAACACCUGCAGAUCAAUCUCCUCACCAUACUCUCUAUCUAUCAAACCUAGAUGAUUUGAUCGGAGCCCGUGUUUUCACUCCCUCCGUCUAUUUCUAUCGAUCAACCAACAAUCAACCCAAAAAUGGAGAAUCUUUGGUACUGAAACGGCUUCAAGAUGCUCUUACUGAGGUGUUAGUUCCAUAUUACCCACUCUCCGGUAGACUAAGGGAAGUGGGAAAUGGUAAAUUACAAGUUUUCUUUGGAGAAGAGCAAGGUGCUUUGAUGGUUUCGGCUAAUUCUUUAAUGGCUUUAGCUGAUCUCGGAGAUCUUACAGUGCCAAACCCAGCUUGGUUACCACUAAUCUUUCAGCACCCAGGAGAAGAAGCGUACAAAAUCCUAGAAAUGCCGUUGCUUAUUGCACAAGUAACGUUUUUCACCUGUGGAGGAUUUAGCCUUGGGAUCAGACUCUGCCAUUGCAUGUGCGAUGGUUUUGGAGCUAUGCAGUUUCUUGCCUCGUGGGCUGCUACUGCGAAAGCCGGAAAACUGAUUGCAGAUCCUGAGCCGGUUUGGGAUAGAGAGGCUUUCAAACCAAGAAACCCUCCGAUGGUGAAAUACCAACAUCUUGAGUAUCUUCCAAUUGAAGAAAGAUCGAACCUGACGAACUCUUUGUGGGAGACGAAGCCAUUGCAGAAGUGUUACAGGAUAAGCAAAGAGUUUCAGUGUCGGGUUAAAAACAUUGCGCAAAAACAAGACUCGAGCUUAGUUUGCAGCACUUUUGAUGCAAUGGCUGCACAUAUAUGGAGAUCAUGGGUCAAAGCACUUGAUGUGAAGCCAUUGGACUACAAUCUCAGGCUCACGUUUUCGGUUAACGUAAGAACAAAACUCGAAACCUUAAAGCUGAGAAAAGGGUUUUACGGCAAUGUGGUGUGUUUGGCUUGCGCCAUGAGCACUGUCGAUAGUCUUAUGAACGACUCUGUUUCCAUGACAACGCGGUUGGUUAAAGAGGCAAGAUUAAGAGUUACAGAGGACUAUUUGCGGUCCACUGUAGAUUACAUGGAGGUAAAGAGGCCAAAGAAGUUAGAAUUUGGUGGGAAGCUAAUGAUAACGCAAUGGACCCGGUUUGAUAUGUACGAGACUGCAGAUUUUGGAUGGGGUAAACCGGUUUAUGCAGGACCGAUUGACUUGAGACCUACGCCACAGGUUUGUGUACUGUUGCCUCAGGGAGGAGCUGAAUCUGGUGGCGACCAAAGCAUGCUGGUUUGCCUUUGCUUGCCUCCUGCUGCUGUUCAUAAGUUCACUCGGAUUCUAUCUUUAAAUGAUUGCACAUGA